UUUCUUAGUUUCUUCAUAUAAAUAUUGUUGCCGGAAAAGAAGAAAAAAAAAAAACACAAAAGCUGUUUUCCGGCAACCUUUGUUGAUUGUUCAUAUCGAUGUUUGUUUGACAUGUUGUUGCUAGUGGAUUGUUCGAUUAUUGUUGCUAGUGGAUUGUUAAUAUUAUAUAGAUAUUGAUUCAAUUAUAAUAAUGUUUCACUUUACUAUAUGAAAAUGUACAUGUGAAUGAAAUAGUUUAAUUCAUUAUUUGAUUCUCUUUUCUCUUUUCGUGCACAUAACGCUGGGAAAGAAGAGUGCUAUAAUAUUAUUGUAACAAAAAAAAAGUACAAUAAUAAUACUUUCAUUUGCUUAACUUGCAAGUAUUGGUAACUACUUUUUUCCUCUCAAAAUAAAUAUUGAUCCUACAUUUGAAAACUUAUUAAUCUCACAUAAAUGGAUGGAAUUUAUAUGAAUUUCACAUGUCACUAUUUAAAACUUAUGUUUAAAGGUCGACAAACCAGCCUGUUCGAUGCGUUUAGAUCCGUCCCGCAAAAACCCAGAAAAAAUAAGGGUGAAAUAGGGCGGACGAGGGGAGAUUGCACAUUUUUAAUUUAAAAAUUGUAAAAAUUUAUAUUAAUGUCCGCAAAUAGCAUAUAAAUUUGUUGGUAAUUUAUAUAUUUAAAUUUGUUGGAAAUUUAUACAUUUUUUUUGUUAAUUGUUAUUAGUUUGUUUUUUUAUGGUUUGAUUCUAGUUGUUUUGUUUUUGUUAAUUUUGUGUUUUUUUAGUUUGGAACUAAACUUGUGCUUGUAAUAAAAUCCAUGAUUAAUAGGGAUUGAUUAAUAUAAAGUAGUAACAAUUAAAACAACUAAUUAGGCUUUAAAUUUAUGUGCACCUAAACCUAACCUUUUAGGAUUCAAAUUUUUGAAUUAAAAUUUGUUACUGGAGAUGCAGGAAAUUGCAAAUAGCAUUGUGUUAACGAAGCCAUUCACGUUAAAAAGCGAUUCUGAUUCAGAGGAAAAUUACAGUGCUCCUAAUCUUUUACAGCGUAUAUUAAGCCUUCUUAAGAAUGUGCGGCCAGGAGCUGAUCUCACACGUUUCCAGCUACCUCCAUUAUUCAAUUUCCCAAAGUCACAGCUUCAAUGCUAUGGUGAAUCAAUAUACUCCACAUCUUCAGAUUUACUAAACAAAUGCAACACUGGCCUAACUCCAAUUGAAAGACUCAUAUCUGUCAUAACAUGCAGCAUAUCAACCACGCGCCCUCCGAUAUUCGGCCUCGCUCCAUACAAUCCCGUCCUCGGCGAGACUCAUCAUGUUUCCAAGGGAAACCUCAAUGUCCUAGUAGAACACGUUGCACACCAUCCUGCUGUUUCGGCUCUCCAUGCAACCGAUCAGAAGGAAAACAUCGAAAUGAUAUGGUGUCACUAUCCUGUCGCGAAGUUUAAUGGUACUUCGGUGGAGGUUCGCGUGCACGGGAAGAGGAAACUGAAGCUUCUUAAUCAUGGAGAGACGUAUGAGAUGAAUUCUCCGAAUUUGUUUAUAAGGGUUCUUCCGGUUCCGGGAAUUGAUUGGGUUGGGAAUGUGAAUAUCAGGUGUGUGGAAACAGGUCUUGCGGCGGAGUUGUGUUAUAUAAGUCAAUCUUUCUUUGGAUUUGGUGGAAGUAGAAGAGUCAUAAAAGGGAAGAUUAUUGAUUCAUUGAAAUCUAAGAUUCUAUAUAAAGUUAAUGGACAUUGGGAUAGUACUGUAAAAUUAAAGGAUACCAAUAGCGGAGAAGAAAGAGUGAUAUAUGAUGCUAAAGAAGUCAUUUCAAGACUUCAAACUCCCACCGUUAAGGAUGCAGAGAGUGUGUGGCAAACUGAAUCAGCUUUGAUAUGGAGUAAAGUGAGCCAAGCUGUCUUAAACAAAGACUGGGAAAAAGCAAGAGAAUUAAAGAAAUUUGUGGAAGAAAAACAAAGGGAGGAAUUAAGAGAAAGAGAGUCCAAAGGAGAAACUUGGGUUCCUAAGCAUUUCAUUAUGUCUCAAAGCAAAGAAGGGGACUGGGACUGUGUACCUAUUCAAAAGUUGGUCCCACCCUCUCCUAUUGUUACAUUGUAAUAUGUCAUAUAGUGUUUGAAAAACUUAAAAUUUAUGAUAGAAAAUUACGAUGGAACCGAAGCUUAACAUAUCAGUUUUUUCAAAAUCACAGUGAAAAAGAUAAACGUGCGACAAUAAUGGUCCACUGUAUUACCGGUUUACCGAUUCAACUGUACUAUAAUAUUAUUGCAAUAAUAUUAAACUAUCAAAUGGAUGGGUUAUUGUAAAAGUCACCAUUAGUUAGGCCAACCAAUCUCUCUAUAAACUAAAGUAAAGUUGUACCACAUGUUGGUUGGUUGCUUCUUAGAAGGAACAAAUUUUGUCUCUAAGUAUGUGUUUGGCUACCAUACUCUUA